AUGAAAGUUGACGGCUUAACAUUCAUUGUUACUGGAGGCGCAAGCGGUUUAGGCAAAGAAGUGGCUCGUACCUUAGUGUCUCAAGGAGCAUUUGUAUCAAUUUUUGACAUAAAUGUUGAUUCGUCCAGAAAUAUUGCUUCGGAACUCGGGGAAGAUAGAUGCUUCGUCGCUGGGUCUGUCAAUGUCACUGUGGAGGCCGAUGUAGCCCAUGCCAUUGCUAAAACACUAGAGCACUUUUCUUCAAAAAAGCUAGGGGGUGUUAUUAUAAGCAGUGGUAUUGUCACGCCUCCAGCGACAAUAACUGGUUAUGGUCCAGAUCAAGUUUUGACAAGCUAUGCGCAGUUUGAACAUGUCAUUGGAGUCAAUUUACUGGGCGCGUACUGUGUUGCACAAAAGGUUUCCGAGAUAUUGCUGAAAAAUAAUCCAUUUAAUAAAGAUGGUGAGAGAGGUAUUAUUAUAACUGUUUCCUCUAUUUUGGGAUUGGAUGGCCUUUUUGUAGGUUACGGUACAUCGAAGGCUGGUCUUACGGGAUUGACUCUUCCUUUAGCUAAGGAACUCUCAUCCUUCGGUAUACGCGUCAUGAGUAUAGCGCCCGGAGUAUUUGAUACGCCCAUUGUGGACCGCUCGAAUAAGAAUGCGCCUAUAGCUCUAUUUCCUCGACGCCUUGGAGAGCCAACCGAGUUUGCAGACUUAGUUUUACGCGUGAUAGAUACACCGAUGUUGAAUGGUUCUGUGAUCAGACUAGAUGGUGCAUUGCAUGUUUAGAUACAGUUAUAAUCAUUUUUUUAUUCUGUUCCUUUGAAACAAAGGUUGCAAUUAUAGCAAUCACAAAAAAUUUAACUAUAACAUGUCCCUUAAAGAUAAUUUUAAGCUACCAAUGCAUCUACUGUGAAUGAAGUGGUUACGAACUGCAGUACUUUCUUAAAUACUCA